AUAAAGAGUGCUUGUGUUUUGAUAACUACAACCGCGCUCACUUCCUGUGUUAGAGCUAAACCACAUCCGUCGCUUGACGCAAUCGAACGAGAGGGCUGGAGCAAGCUACACUGAGGGGAGAGAGCCGUCCAAAUUUUAUUCGGAAGCUGUUUGCGUUUAAAACGCCGUGUUGUUCAACCUCAAUCGGUUCCGCGCAUCACCCAAAACUUGGCGGGUCUAAACGUCGUCGAAAGCUGCAGUUCCAGCAGCCGGAUCCCCGUGCGGCCUUUCCGUCUGGUUAAGCGGGAGCUCGAAGAGGACAAGCGUUGACUGGCUGGCUGCUUCCUUCCGUGAGCAUGACAAGAUGGGACUAAGGUGACUUGCGUCCCUUGAAGCCACCCCAGCAAAGAAGCAGAUCUCCUAUCUUGUCGUGACACGCCUCCGCUGACAAUCCGGCCACACGUCAAAGAAGAUGGACAUCUGACGCAGGGACCAAAGGGUGACACGAGACUUCUCCCCCUCUCCCCCCCCGCCCCUCACUUUCCCACCAACGCCAUGGCGGGCCUCAAACGACACCAUGACGGGAAGAUCGCCGGGCUGUACGACCUGGACAAGACGUUGGGCCGCGGACACUUUGCUGUGGUCAAACUUGCCCGGCAUGUCUUCACCGGAGAAAAGGUGGCGGUGAAGGUGAUUGACAAGACCAAGCUGGACCAGGUGGCGCGGGGCCACCUUUUCCAGGAGGUGCGCUGCAUGAAACUGGUGCAGCAUCCCAACGUGGUGCGUCUGUACGAGGUCAUCGACACGGCCACCAAGCUCUACCUCAUUCUGGAGCUGGGGGACGGCGGCGACAUGUUCGACUGCAUCAUGAAGCACGAGGGGGGGCUCAGUGAGGAGGUGUCCAAGUGUUACUUUGCCCAGAUCGUGCACGCCAUCUCCUACUGCCACCGUCUGCACGUGGUGCACCGGGACCUCAAGCCCGAGAACGUGGUGUUCUUCGAGAAGCAGGGCGUCGUCAAGCUCACCGACUUCGGCUUCAGCAACCGGUUUCAGCCGGGCAAGAAGCUCAACACCUCGUGCGGCUCGCUGGCGUACUCGGCCCCCGAGAUCCUGCUCGGGGACGAAUACGACGCUCCCGCCGUCGAUAUCUGGAGUCUGGGUGUGAUUCUCUUCAUGCUGGUGUGCGGUCAGCCGCCCUUCCAGGAGGCCAACGACAGCGAGACGCUCACCAUGAUCAUGGACUGCAAAUACACGGUGCCCCCGCACAUCUCCGGAGCUUGCCGAGAUCUUAUCGGACACAUGCUGCAGCGGGACCCCAAGAAGCGAGCGACUCUGGAGGAGAUCGAGAACCACGCGUGGCUGCGAGGCGUCGACCCGUCGCCGGCCACCAAGCUGUCCACCCCGCUGGUGUCCCACCGCAGUUUGCUGGAAGAAGAGCACGGCUCCAUCAUCCAGCGCAUGGUGCUGGGGGCCAUUGCCGACCGAGACGCCAUCAUAGAGGCUCUGGAAUCAAAUCAGUACAACCACAUCACGGCCACGUACUUCCUCCUGGCUGAGAGGAUGCUGAGGGAGCGGCAGGAGAAGGAGCAGCACAGCCAGACGCGCUCGCCUAGCCCCAGCAAGGCCCAGUUCAGGCAGUCUUGGCCCACCCGAGUGGAUGUCCACCAGGAUGUCAGCGAUGGCUUGGGCGGUCCGACGAUGUCACACCCCGGGGGGCCCCAGUCACCCGCCCGCAGCGCAGAAAGCCUCCAUAAAGGCCCCCGGCCCAAAACGGCUCUGCCGGACCUCAGUCAGAGGCAGGACAACCAGCAGACGGCCGGUCAGAACCCGGACAAGGGUCUCCGGCCUCUCUCCAAGCCGCACGCCAACCCCCUCAGACUGGGCUCUCUGACCGCGGUGGGGUCUUGCAAAACUCGCAGUCUCAGCCUUUUCAGCGUGGAGGAGGAUGAGGAAGAGGAGAGGGAGGACAGUUGUUCCCCCUCUGCCCCUCCCGCUCAAGUGGUGCUCCGUUCCAAAGUGUCAUCAGCCAUGGCCUCGUCCUGUAACCGUUUGACGUCGCGCUUGAGCGCCCCGGUUCUCAACCAGAUCCACGAGGACGAGAAAGGGGAGGACGAGGAAGAGGAGGGGGACGGCGACUUAAAAGGGCCGGGGGGGCUGACCAAGCCCAGCCUCAGCCUGGAUUUGAACUCGCGAGCAGCGUCACCUCCGUCGCCUAAAAGCGUCGGCCCGCUGGCGGAGCCCAUCGCCACCCGCACGCCCUCCUCGGAGAUGAGCGACGGCAACACGGAGACUCGUCGGCUGUCGGGUACCGAGGACGGCGAGAAAAGGCCGUCGGCCCAGGACGGCCCCUCGCACUGCACCAGCCCCGGCUCCGUUUUGGGCCAGGGAAAGAAUUCGGCCAAAGCUUCCAGUGGCCUGGUGGAAAGCCUCAAGUUGAUGAGUUUAUGCUUCAGCUCGCAGUUCCACAACCUGACGGGCGGGGCGGGCGGGGGCACGCCCGGCAACGGCCCCGCCGGCAUUGGCGGGGACCCUCAGGAACGCCCGGUGUGGCGCAUGUGCGUGGGCGGCUCCACCGGCAGCCUGGACAAGGUCUCGCUUUUGGGGGGGCCGUCGCCACGGGGAAACCUGUACCAGCAGCCGCCCCCUUUGGGGGACGCGCGAGCAGACCCCUUGCUGGAGGGGUCUUGCUCGGGGACCCUCGUGCUGGGGGAGCUGGACCUGGCCCGCGAGAACCACAGGAACAUGAAGAACCGUGCCCUGCAGAUGCCUCUGAGUCCUAAGGAGGGGCUGCUGUGCACCCCGACCCCUCACAGCUGCUGUCAGGUCAUCUAGGGGGGGGGCACUCCUCCGCUCACUCAUUGCCUUUUCAUCCGGGCUCGGGCGCGCACGGCUGUUUGAGCGUUUAUUGCGUAUUCUUGAGAUCCACCUCGAGGUCCAUGUACUCGUAUGCACUUUGUCCUCACUAAUAAGACAAUUCGGCACACUUGUAGAACGACGAGAGUCUUAAUUGCGAUCUCUAUUAUUUUUUUUUUUCCCUCUCCACUGCUAAUGCCGGUUCAGGCCUCUAUUAAAGCAGAAUCAGUCAACUACAGUGCUGGACUAGUAACACAACUGGGCCCAUGGAGUAGGCAUGUGUCACAAACACACUAGCAGUUGUGCUUACUAGUGUGCAGAAACGUUAUAACGUAGUGAGCAAAACGUUCUCCUUGUAUGCAUUUUAUUUCACCUUUUAUUUAUUCUGGUACAGCUUGAUAUGAAAAAUGCUGAAUACAUCCUCAAAUGGCUUUGGAGAAAAGCCUUUUGAGCAAUUAUUGAGGGUUUUUAUCUCCAGCCGUAGCUUCGCUAGUAGAAAACAGAGUGCAGCUUUGCAUCACUAGUAACAUGUACCGGUAGUUGUUUUACUGAUACGCCAAAGUCCUACGAUUGUACAGAUGUUUCAUACAGUCAUGGAAAAAAAUCAUCAUUGCUACGAAACACGUCAAACGACUCGUGUGCCGAAUUGUCUUCGUAACAAGGACAAAGAGCGUUCAUAUGGACCUUGAGCUGGACGUCAUCUCAAUGGUCCAACAGCUUUCGGUCCAUUGUCACACUUGCCAGUUGUGUUUGGCGGAUCACCCGAGGGGGGUGGAGGGGAAAUCCAAAUUCUGACCCUACACAUUAAGAGACGCUGGGGCCUGUUUAAAAAAUAAUAAUAAAAUAAAAAAGAGGCAUUCAGUGCACUAUUAUUAUGCACAACGUUUGCACACAAUCAUGUAAUAUAGUAACCAUACAAAACACUGACUUCACUUGCUGUUCAAAGGAACAUCCGAGCAGUUUUCAUCUCGUUACAUUUUGUUGCACUGUGCUGGUUUUUAUUUCCUGAUGUUUAAA